AUGGGCCGCGGGGUCCUUGAUUGCCUCAGUGGCCAUUGGGUCAUGGGCCAGGUGGUCGGCCACAUUGCGACCUACAAACGACCUGUUAGCCUGGCCGUUUCUGUGUCAUCCCUGAGGCCUCCAUCGUGCGGGCACAACGUGAAAUCGGAAGACUGUGACAAAGAGUCGUCCUCGUUUCAAGUUGGCGGAACCAAGCCCAACAUCUCAACCAUGGGUGCGGACCAAUUCGACGAUUUCGAGCCCAAGGAGAGGACCCAUAAGCUCCCCUUCUUCAAUUGGUGGAUGUUUAGCAUUUUCUUUGGUACCCUCUUCUCUAAUACCUUCUUCGUACAAGACAAUGUGGGCUGGGCCUUGGGCUAUGCCCUUCCAACACUCGGACUUGGAGUAUCAAUAGCUAUGUUCGUGCGAGAAAAUGGAAAUGAUCCAAAAGACCUUCAUGAGCUAAGCUUUGAUGAAUACUCCAACUCUGGCAAGUUCAGAAUCGACCACACCCCUUCAUUAAGGCUCCUUGACAAAGCAGCCAUUAAGAGUGGACUAAGUUCAUCAUGGUCACUAUGCUCAGUGACCCAAGUUGAAGAAACAAAGCAAAUGCUAAAAAUGCUCCUCAUUUUAGCAGCAACAUUCAUUCCAAGCACCAUGUUAGCACAGACACACACUCUUCAUCAAGCAAGGCACCGCAUUGAACAGGAGCAUGGCAUCGUGAUCUAUGACCGGUUCUUUGUCCCGGCUAUUCGUCAGUACACUAACAAUCCAAGAGGGAUCACAUUGCUGCAAAGGAUGGGGAUUGGACUUGUUUUACAUGUCAUUAUCAUGUUGAUUGCUUGCUUUGCUGAAAGAAAAAGACUUGGUGUCGCAAAAGAGAAUGGGAUUUUCGGGAAAAAAGAAAUCGUUCCUCUUUCGAUCUUCAAUCUUCUCCCUCAGUUUGCUCUAAUGGGGGUUGCCGAUAACUUUUUGGAAGUAGCAAAGCUUGAGUUUUUCUAUGACCAAGCGCCCGAAGGCAUGAAAAGCCUUGGAACUGCCUACUUCACAACCAGCUUUGGAGUUGGGUACUUUCUGAGCAGUUUUCUUCUGUCAACUGUGGCAGAUAUCACCAAGAAGAAUGGCCACAGGGGAUGGCUUUUGGACAACCUCUAUCUCUCAUUUAGACUAUUACUAUGCUUUUUAUGCUGUCCUGAGUUUUAUCAACUUUCUCUUCUUUAUAGUUGUAGCAAAGUUCUUUGUUUAUAACACAACAUUGACUACACCCAGAGGUAGUUACAGGAAUCUAUGGAGACCUUGCCAAAGGAACCUACAUCUCAAGAUGAGAAUUCCUUGAAGAAUUUAGUGAAUUGACAAUAAUCUUGUACCAUGUUUGCUUCUUGGAAUCUUGUACAAGCUGGCAAAAUCCUUCCCUUUGUCAAAUUAGCAUUCUUUUGCUUCAAGACUGGCCUG